CCUUAUUGUCGUGUAAAAUAGAAAACAUAAAAGACCAGACCAUAUUUUUACGAUUCUGCCUGGCCUUGGUUGUCCCCCAAACAUGGCGAAUUUAGCAUUUCGUACCGGUCGCCUUGCCGAAAGAUUGGCUUUCAAACAAGCAUCCAGAGUGCUGGCAGCAUUCAGCAAUGGGUUGCUUCCACAACAAAAUGCUGUACAGAACCAACAGAGACGGAACCUCUCCAUUCAUGAGCACAUGUCUAUGGAAUUGCUACGCGAUGCGGGUGUAGCUGUGCCAAGAUUCAAAGUUGCAAAUACAGCAGAUGAAGUGUUUAAAGAUGCUCAAGAAAUCGCUGACCUGACAGGCAAUACUGAUGUUGUGGUCAAAGCACAAGUAUUGGCAGGUGGUCGGGGCAAAGGUCACUGGGACAGUGGACUUAAGGGUGGUGUGAAGCUGGUCUUCUCGGCUGAUGAAGCAAAAGAACUAGGCAGUAAGAUGAUUGGUCAUAAACUCUUCACGAAGCAAACAGGAACAGAUGGUCGAAUCUGCAAUAAAGUGAUGGUAGUGGAGAGGCUUUACAUCAGAAGAGAGUUCUACUUUGCAAUAACAAUGGAAAGGAGUUUCGGGGGUCCAGUGCUGGUAGGAAGUAGUCAAGGUGGGGUCAAUAUAGAGGAAGUGGCUGCUGAGAAUCCUAAUGCUAUAAUUAAGGAACCAAUUGAUAUUGCUGCGGGAAUCACAAAGGACCAGGCACUGUAUGUUGCUAAAGAGAUGGGCUUCAGUCAAGGAUCUUUGGACAAGGCUAGCGACUAUAUCAUGAAAAUGUACACCGAUAUCUUCCUGAAAUACGAUGCCUCUAUGGUGGAAAUUAACCCAAUGACAGAAGAUAACCUCGGCAAUGUGUACUGCAUGGAUGCCAAGAUCAACUUCGAUGACAACGCAUUCUACCGUCAAAAGGACAUCUUCAGCAAGAGAGACUGGAGCCAGGAGGAUGAGCGAGACCACCGUGCCUCAGAGGCUGACCUCAACUACAUUGCCUUGGACGGCAGUAUUGGCUGUCUUGUAAACGGAGCUGGCCUGGCCAUGGCUACCAUGGACAUCAUCAAGCUCCACGGGGGAACCCCGGCCAACUUCCUGGACGUAGGGGGCGGGGCCACGGCCCAGCAGGUCACAGAGGCCUUCAAGCUCAUCACCUCCGACACCAACGUGAAUGCUAUCCUGGUCAACAUUUUCGGUGGAAUCAUGCGCUGUGACGUCAUUGCACAAGGAAUUGUUGCCGCCGCCGAGCAGCUGUCCCUCAGAGUGCCUAUUGUCGUCCGACUUCAAGGUACUCGUGUGGAUGACGCUAAAGCUAUCAUUGCCCACAGUGGGAUGAAGAUCUUGGCCUGUGAUAACCUGGACGAGGCAGCCAACAUGGUGGUGAAGCUGUCCAACAUUGUGACUCUAGCGAAGGAAGCCUCGGUGGACGUGAAAUUCGAACUGCCUCUAAGGGCAUGACUCCCGCAGCAGCUGUGCAUUGGGCUGUGAAAGUACCAAAAGGCAAUAAUUCUUUCCCUCCAUUUAUUUUCCUCCCUUCCUCUCUGCAUCCUCUACAUAUAGCCAGAUUUGAUUUUUUUAUUAAUGGAUCUUCUUCAUAAUUUUGUCCAAGUUUAUCAUGUGAACUUUAAACUUGACAUGAAUUUGAGAAAUUUGCAUAAUCAAGAGUGCAAGAUGUCUUUUUCCCUGUACUUUCGUAAUUGCACGUAACCGAAGAAUUUGAAUUUUCCUCUUUUUUUUAAAAAAAGUAUUCUUUUAUGGAAUGGUGGGUCGGAGGAAGGAAAGUGUUGGGGUUUUUUUGUAAAAAGCAAAAGGUCCUCGUAAAAAAAAUUUUUUUAGCUUUUGUGCAAACUGUUUUGAUUCCACCUCUACUUCAUGUGUGCUCAAAUUCUUGUGGCUUGUUCAAAAUUGUGCAUAAGUUCUGAUGAAAUGUGUCUUUUUACCAAUGCUGCAUGCAGCCUCCCCUCCCACCACCAGCAUCUCUGACAACACUACUUAUCUCAACUAAUGUUGUCUUCAUGCUCUCAGUACAAGUUUGUGCUUCGUCUCCCUCCACCGACUCCCCACCUCUUUCACUCACUGUAGUGUAUAUCUCCUUCUCCUUGUCCCUCUCUUUCACUCACUGUUUCUCUCCUUCUCCUUCUCUGUCACUCACUUGUACCCCACAAGUGUCUGGUGGACAGGUGUAGGCUUCUGUCAUCUUGCACUGCAUGGCAUAUGGAGAUGUUUUAAUAGGCUGAACAGGUUUUUUCUCAUAGUUGAAUUCAUUAUAUUGGAUGUAGGCAUUGUGUUUAAAUCCGUGCUGUUUCUGUUGUCCUGUAUCCUAUUUUUGAAUGAUUUGUGGUUUAAUUUUGUGGACUUUUUUUUUCUGCAUCAUUGCAUCACAUUGCAUUAAGUUAUCAAAAGUGGGGAGGAUUAAGAUGCCGUAUCCACUCUACUCUGUCAAGCUUCAAAUGUUAUUAUUUAUUCUAUUUAAGAAUUCAGAUUGGGGUUUAAAAGUGGACAGUAUGGACUUUGACAAUGGCAACUAAAGUGACUUGACUGAAAUGUGAUAUAAGUUGCAGUGUACAUUAGCAAACAUAAGUGGUCAAGUUUUGCUCUAGCACGGAGUUAUUUCAUCCAGUGGCUAUGAUGUGUUGGUGCAGGAACUACACUCACUCUCGAGCUUGUGCAGGUUUUGUCAGAUAGAAGCUGUCUCUUCUCUUUUUCAUCCUAAAAGUUUCGUCUUUCAUUCUAUCCUAGUGGUGAUUCUUUUUCUUCUCAUUCUUCUCUAACCGAAUAUCUCAGCCUCUAGUGCAAAGGCUGUUGUUUGCCACAGGUCCUCCAAUGGGUCUCUUUGCCUUAGGUUGGGCCAAUAUUACCAUCUUACUGCCUUGUGCAUUGGGUACGCUUUUGGAGAUUGAUUUUCCCUAUUAUUAGAUACUAUGUACUGUUCUACACACGUAAAUUCUGUUCUUAAAGAAAUGAGGGAAAAUAUCUUGGAAAAUGGUUUGAAAAUCGGAAAAGAAAGAGAUUUAGACAGUUCCCGAACAUAGUCAGCUUUUUAAAAUGGUUAUGGUUAAGGCUAUUCUUGGUAGGCAAUAAUUCCAUAUAUAAUGAUGUUCUGCGGAAGUAGAGUUACUGUGUGUUUUUGAAAGAAAGUGUUGAGUCGGUUAUGUUUUCUGUCCGAGUAUUGCUUUUAGCGCAAUUCAUUCCUGGCAAAAUACUUGUCUUUCUGUUUCCCUCCUGUUGGGCGUAAACUACAACUGAAGAGUUACGUUAGAAGACGCUGCAGGGACUUUUGGUUUGGUCUCUUCCUGAACCACUUUCUUCUUGUGUUGUGAAUUGUUAGUGUCGGGUAGUUGUCUUUGACUUCAGAAAUGGACUGCUUCAAGAAUAUUGCUUCUGUUUUGGUUUUUGUCUGGGCUCUCGGAUUUUGCUUUUGUAGUGCAGUGAAUCUGGGUGUGCAAAAGGCUGAUUAAAGACUCUCUAGAGUUCUUGAGCUGUUAUUAUUUUGUUCUUUAUCACAUUGAUGAAAUUGUCUUGCACUUCAAUGGGCACGUGCUGUGGUGCGGUGUCUGUGUUGAAUGUUUCGCCCCUUCUACCUCUUUUUUGCUGCUACUAUUGUCCAGGGUUUUUUUCCUGGCAGGAUGUAGCUGCUGUCGUUUGUUGGCUGACUUGCCGUACUCUCUGUAGUGUUUGGCCGAAGCAGGUUUCCGCUUGUAGCCUAGUGUUGACAGGUGGUCACGCUUGCCAGUUUGAUGAAGAGACUGUCCUUUGGUUUUCCUGUCUGUGGUGUGAGUCUUUUUCCCUGUGGCAUGCUGAGGAAAUCAAUUCAAUGCCAGAGUAGGGGGGGGGGGGGGGUUAUAUUUAUUUGUUAUAUCUCCAACCAUCUUCUGGGAAAGUGUACUUCGCUCUGACUCAGCUUGGGUUUGUCCUUACGGAUGGGAACAAAGCUGCCUACCUCCUCCUAAAUUAUCUAAAUUGUGCCGUUGGUUUGUAAAACUAUUACGAUCACUCACAAUUACAAUUUUUUACUGUGUUCUAGACGUUGUGUCCCUUUUGUGAAAACACCUAGUGAGGGACUGUAGUAGAUUGUGGUACAGAAUGGACCUUGGCUUGUUCCUCUUUGUCGUUGAGUGAGUCUGGAAUGUGUGCACAAAGAAAUGUGGGUGGUAGAACAAAAAAA